CCUGAUUCCUGAAUGGCAGCGCAUAUUGUAUAAGUACAUUCCCGUGGCCAAGUCCUCAAGUAGUAAUCAUGACUCCUCCGCCAGCGCGGCCCAUUAAGCGGCUAUUGGUUGCGAAUAGAGGAGAGAUCGCAGUUCGCAUCCUCCAGGCGGCCCGUGAAUUGUCCAUCGAGACUUUUGCACUUUACACAGAAGAUGACCGCUCGCAUUGUGACGUGGGAGCACCGCACCAUGUCUUAGCGUUACCAUCUCCAGCGUCUUACAUGGAUAUUGCCUUGCUGGUGCAGUUAGUACGGGAGAACUCCAUAGACACAAUCCACCCGGGGUAUGGGUUCCUAAGCGAAAGCGCAGAAUUUGCCCAGCGCAUAUGGGAGGAAGCGGGGGCCAAAGUCAUUGGCCCCGGUUGGGAAGUAUUGGCAAGGACAGGAGAUAAGCUACAAGCCAAGGAGUUGGCUGAGGCAUGUGGUGUGCCGAUUUUGAAGGCAAUGAAAACGCCAACGAACGAUAUUAACUUGAUAAGCCGUUUCGCGGCUGAGGUUGGAUAUCCUGUCAUGGUGAAGGCUGUGGAUGGCGGAGGUGGACGGGGGAUCCGAUUCGUAAAGGGACCGGAUGAGCUGCAGUCUGCUCUUGAUCGGGCGACUGGGGAAUCUCCGUCCAAAAAGGUGUUCGUGGAAAAGGCUGCCGUGGGAGGGUUUCAUCAUGUUGAGGUUCAGAUUAUUGGAGAUGGUACUGGGGAGGUUAGGCAUCUCUGGGAAAGAGAUUGUAGUGUGCAGAGGAGGUUUCAGAAGAUUGUGGAGUGUGCGCCCGCUAUGAUGAAAGAUAGAGGCUUGAUUAGGAGGGUUAUCGAGGCAGCAUUACGGAUUGCGAGUGAGAUUAAGUACUUGUCGCUGGGAACUUUCGAGUUCUUGGUCAGCGGGGAACUAUCAGAGUUCUACUUUCUAGAAAUCAACCCCCGCCUUCAAGUCGAGCAUACAAUCACGGAAUGCAUUUCGUCGGUGGAUCUUGUCCAGACACAGCUGCUGCUAGCCCAAGGUGUGCCAUUGCGAGAUAUGGGACUGGGUGAUAGGAAAAAUCCGGAACAACCACCCACUGCAUAUUCAAUCCAGUUGAGAUUAUGUGCUGAGGACCCAGGCGCGAAUUUCGCGUUGAGCAUCGGAAAAAUCACUGAAUUCCAUGUCCCAGGAGGCAAUGGCGUCAGGGUGGAUACUAAUAUCUCGGGGUCAUCGCCAGUAGUAAUUGGCUCCGACUUCGAUAACAUGAUGGCCAAAAUUAUAGUCACCUCCACCAGUUGGGAUUCUGUACUUCGAAAGGCGCGCAGAGUACUGGACGAUACAAGAAUAUCAGGGGUUAAGAGCAACAUCGAUGUCCUGAAAGGAAUCCUCGCAAAUCACGAAUUCCAGCAAUGGCAAAUCGAUACUCAAUGGCUGGAGAAACAUCUGGAAGAAAUUAUCCAAUAUGGAAAGCAACUUUCAAGCUCCAGAUCGAACCAAUCAGGCCUGCCGCCUGCCUCUUCUACCCCUCAAACUCUAUCGCUUGGAUCGUCCAGCGUCCUCUUCCGCAAAGGAGAUGCUUGGUCCGUUGAGUUGACGCCAUUGAACUCCAAACGGGGAUCCGCUUCCCAAACGCCUCAUCACCUUCUGCUUAGUAAACUUCUUCGCAACGAAUUCCCAACUUCUCUAAGUGCAGAAAUCGAAUACACAACUCCGGCGACUGCGACUCAAGCCGCAACAACUACUCCAUAUCGAGUGACUUUGUCCAGCACAUCUGCUUCGUCAAUUUCCCUAUCAUCAACUCACCGACGAGGAGAUCUGAACAAUUCUUCUCAUAUCACUCUUCCGAUGAGCGGAAAGCUGACCGAGAUGCUCGUGGAAGAAGGGGACGAAAUCCAGGAGAACACAGUGAUCGCGUUCGUGAAACAAAUGAAAAUGGAACUCGAAGUGCGAAGCCCGAGGGCGGGGAUAGUUACAUGGGCAUUGGAGCUGGAAAACGAAGAGGGAGAAGAUGUACCAGAAGGAAUUUUGCUGGCUGAGGUAACGGCACUUCAUGCCUCAGCGGAGCAGGUCGUUGGAGUCAAGGGGAAGUUGUGAGACUUUAGAACCAGAUCGUAUUUCAAUAUUAAAUAGACUCAUGAUAGAAGUGCUAGAAUAUUGGAUUUUCGCAAAUUCCCCCCCCCCCCCCCCCUUUUUUUCCUUUUUUCCUUUUUUUCUUUUCCUCCAACAAUAGGCCGAUAUGCAUUGGUUGAGAACAAUAAAAGCGCCUGUGGUACGUUAUAAUUUCCAAAAAUAGAACCUCGAUCACGUGGAAUUUACUACGGAGUACUCCGUACAAUUAUCGUAAUGGA